AUGGAAGCCAACCCGAGUCCUCCCAUGUUCUCCCCCUCGCGAGACACCACAGGCAACGAUGGGAUCAUAGACACACACAACCCCUCUGCCCCGGACAACCUCACCCCAACUCCGGGGCUGUGUUUUAUCCUGUCUGACAGGCGCUGGUGUGAGAGGCUGGUCCAGGUGCGGGAGGAAGACGUGGUGAGCGUCCGACGGGAAGACGUGGUGCCUUGCGUGGAGGUUUACCAUUACACCAUGGCCGGUUGGCACCUCGACCGGGACCGGACGCGCCGAGACUCCGAACCAGGGGGGACCCUGUGCUACAUUUACAAGAACGAGGACCCCCGGCCCGUCGCUUGGAAUCGGACGGUGCGUGCCUGUUGUGACGGAUGGACUGGGCCCCACUGCAGUGAGGGAACGGCGUCAGUGGGCUCCUGUUUCUCCUCCGGGCAGUGCCAGGAUGGUCCCGGGUUGCAAAACCUCUCCCUCGUCAGCAUGUCUGAAUGCUGUAGCCUCCCUUGGGGACGCAGUUGGCGAAAUGCCACUUCCGGGCUCUGCUUUACCUGCUCUAGGGGGCCCCUGAAAGCCGAUUUCUCCCCAGGGGCCGUGGCUUCGCCGUCUCUGCUCCGCCCACCCGCCCACUCAGUGCUUCUGGCCCGACAAAAGUACCACAAUCCCCCCUUUGCAACCUGUCUCACCUGGGACGGAUUGCACUAUCGCACCUUCGAUGGGAAACAUUUCCGCUUUGUGGGGAACUGCACCUACAUCCUGGCUGCGGCUUCCGAUGGCACCUGGGCUGUCUACAUCUCAUCCGGCAGCGGGGGCUGCAUGUUGGGCCAGUGUCAACGGGAUCUCCGCAUCCUUUUUGGACUCGACUCGGUGACGGUUCACGGCCGCAACAUCUCGCUUAAUGGCAUCGUGGUGCCUGAGAGGGAGCCUCUCCUGCGAAAGGGGAUCAGCAUCUGGUGGCUGGGAGACUUUAUUUUUGUGGACAGUGGCCUGGGAGUCCGGGUGAAAUUUGACGGACACAGCACGGUGUACAUCACCAUUGGCACCGCCCUGCAAGGGACCACCCGGGGGCUGUGCGGCAUCUACAACAACAACCCUGCAGAUGACUUCCAACGCGUGGAAGGGGAUUUGGUCAUGCUGGCGGCCAGUUUUGGCAAUUCAUGGCGGAUUCCAGAGACCAGGCUGCAGAGUCUGUGCCGAGACGCCGCGGAGGAACCACACCACUGUGACACGGUGCCGGACGACGAUGUUCAGGAGGUUGCCAGGGCGACUUGCCAAAAGUUGUUCUCUAGUCCUUUCAGCCAAUGUCACAGGCAGGUGGACCCCCAAAAUUUCUACGAUACCUGCAAGUAUCUGUUGUGCAGCCAACGGGCAGGGCCUGUUGACGCCUGCGAGACCUUUGCCAGCUACGCCCGGGAGUGUGCCCAACACGGGGUCUUCAUCAACUGGAGAAGGGCCGGUUUUUGUGAGAAGCCGUGCGGCCCCGGACAGCGCUACACGGAUUGCGUCUCCUUCUGCCCGCCCAGCUGUGCAGCGGUGGGCAUGGCAGACGGCGAGCACUGCCGAGCGGAGUGCGUGAGCGGUUGUGAAUGCAUCCCGGGACUCUACUUAGAGGAAGGGUCUUGCAUCCCGCCAAGCCGGUGUCCCUGUUUCCACCGACGGCAGAAGUUCCACCCAGGAGAGACACUACAACAGCGCUGCAACCAGUGCACAUGCCGAGGGGGUCAGUGGGUCUGCUCACAGGAUCGGUGUGCCGGCGAGUGCGUCCUCCAUGGACGUCUCCAUUAUUUGACUUUCGAUGGAAAGCGUUACUCCUUCCGUGGGGUUUGCCACUACAUCCUGGUGCAGGAUUUUGCUGAUGGGAAAAUUCAGAUCCAGGCAGAGAACGAACCAUGCGGGAACCAGGGUGCUGUCAGCUGUCUUCGGGCUGUGACUGUCACUGUGCAUAAAACCUCGGCCUGGCUGUCCUUCUCAGGGUCCGUCUCGGUGAACGGCCAGGACGUUGCCCUCCCAUUCAGCAACGCCGACCUGACCGUCAGCCGCGCCUCCUCCGCCUUCCUCCUCCUCCAGGCCUUUGGGGCUCACCUGCUGUGGGGCCUGGAGUUCCCGGCUGCCUACAUAACUCUCCAGCCCAGCUUCGCUCACAAGGUCCGUGGCCUUUGUGGGACUUACAACUGGAACCAGCAGGACGAGUUCACCACCCCGGAGGGCGACGUGGAGCCCGGCGUGGCUGCGUUCGCCCGCAAGUUCCAGCUGCCCGCCGCCUGCGCCCCCACCGCCGGUCUCCUCUUCGACGCCUGCAGCACCUACACCCAACGGCGGCAGUACGCGGAGGCGGCUUGCGCGGCCCUUCACGGUGCGCCCUUCCAGCCCUGUCACAACUUGGUGGAGCGGGAGCCCUUCUACCAGCUGUGCCUGGAGGACGUCUGCAGCUGUUCAGCCGGGGACGACUGUCUUUGUGGUGCCCUGGCCACCUAUGCCCAUCACUGUGCCCAGGAGGGAGCCCUCGUGGCCUGGAGGAACCAGAGCUUCUGCUCGGUGCAGUGCUCCGGGGGCCAGGUCUACCGAGAAUGCACCACCCCCUGUGGAAGAACCUGCGCCGACCUCCCCGUGGAAAAAAAUGGUGCCUGCGAGGACCUCCAGCCUGUUUGCGUGGCUGGGUGCAAUUGCCCAGAUGGCCUGGUGCUGGACCACGAAGGGCAGUGCAUCCAGCCGGCCAUGUGUCCUUGCCUCCACCACGAGAAGGCUCACCCGCCCGGCAGCAAGAUCCAGAGGAGUUGCAACAGCUGUGUUUGUGAGAACGGGGCCUGGAGUUGCACAGAGGAGACCUGCCCCAGUGCCGUCCUUUGUCCUGGAGAGUUGGUCUACGCCUUCAAAGCUUGCCUCCUCACCUGCGAGAGCCUCCUGAGCAACCUCAGCUGUGACGGCGCCUCUGAUGGCUGCGUCUGCCCCCCUGGCACUGUCUUCCUGAAUGAGCAUUGCGUGUCACCAGAGGAAUGCCCCUGUCACCACAAUGGCCACCUGUACCAGCCCAACGAGACCAUCGCCACGGACUGCAACACUUGCAUCUGCAGAAAGCAACGCUGGGAAUGCAGCCGCCGCCGCUGUGCAGCCACCUGCGUAGCCACCGGAGACCCACACUACCUCACCUUCGAUGGGCGGGUGUACACCUUCCUGGGGGACUGUGAGUAUGUCCUGGUCCGUGAGAAUGGCGGCGCCUUCACCAUCACAGCUGAGAAUGUCCCCUGCGGCACCAGUGGCACCACCUGCACCAAGUCCGUGGUAGUGCUAUUAGGCAGCAUGACGGUUCACCUGCUCCGAGGAAAGGACGUGACCGUGAAUGGCGUCUCGGUGCGGCCACCCAAGACCUACAGCGGGAAUGGGUUGACCGUGGAGAGAGCCGGCCUCUUCCUGGUGCUCCUCACUCAGAUGGGCUUGACGGUGCUCUGGGAUGGAGGCACUCGGGUCUAUAUCAAACUGGAAGCCAAGUUCCAAGGCCGGGUGGCAGGGCUCUGCGGGAACUUUGACGGUGAUGCGGAGAAUGACUUCUCCAGCCAACAAGGCAUCGUGGAACCCACGGCUGACCUCUUUGGCAACUCCUGGCGCAUCAGCCUUCUGUGUCCUGAAGUCAACGCUGAGGACUUUGAACAUCCCUGCACGGUGAAUUCUCACCGUGCAACGUGGGCUCGGAAGCGCUGCGGGAUUCUCCUUCAGGAUCUCUUCGCCCGUUGCCGUGAGGAGCUGCCCUGCCAACAGUUCUACGAGUGGUGUGUUUUUGAUGCCUGCGGGUGUGACUCUGGAGGGGACUGCGAAUGCCUCUGCACGGCUGUUGCAACUUACGCUGAGGAGUGCAACCAGCGAGGAGUCUCCGUCCGCUGGAGAAGCCAGGAACUCUGCCCUUUACAGUGUGAUCAUGGGAUGGAGUAUCACCCCUGCGGCCCCGCCUGUCCUCCGACGUGCCAGAACUUCGGCUUGGAGCCUGCCGAGCACUGCCCUCUGGAGACGGCGUCCUGUGUGGAGGGAUGCUUCUGUCCAGAAGGCAAAGUAUUGCAUGGCGGACGCUGCAUUGACCCGUCCGAAUGCCCCUGCUUCUGGGAGGGCAUCUUAUUCCCGCUGGGGGCGCUGAUGACACAGGAGUGCAGGAACUGCUCAUGUGAGGCCGGCCUGUGGCAAUGUACCGCCCCUCCAGAGACUUGUGGCACCCCCUCCUCUCACUGUGCCGAAUCGGAGUUUGCUUGCCGCACGGGAGGGCGCUGCAUCCCUAUGGCCUGGCUGUGCGACAACGAAGAUGAUUGUCGGGACGGAUCGGACGAAGUCUGCCCUUUGAGCUGCCCUCCAGACCAGUACCGGUGUGCCGGCGGGCAGUGCAUCCCCUGGGGGUACCGCUGCGAUGGCGCCGCUGACUGCGCUGACCACUCGGAUGAAAAGGACUGCCCCUCGCCCGGAUGCUCGCCACAGGAGUUCCGGUGCAACAACGGGCGCUGCAUCCCCCACCGGGACUAUUGCGAUGGGGAGCUGGAUUGCGGUUUUGCCGACCCCUCUGAUGAAGCAGAUUGUGGACCAGCCUGUAAGCUGAGUGAGUUCCGUUGUGCGGCUGGGCGCUGCUUGCCGUACCUGCAUCGCUGCGACGGGCACGAUGACUGCGGCGAUUUUAGUGAUGAACGCGACUGCGCCUGCCUUGCUGGGGAAUUCCAGUGCCCGAGUGGUCUGUGCCUUCCCAAAGCUCUGGUUUGCAAUGGCCGGCAGGACUGCCCCUCUGGCAUGGACGAGACUUUCUGCCCAGAUCUGGUGAUGUGCGCUCCAGGCCAGCUAGCUUGUCCAAAUGCCACUUGUGUGAGCCAUACACAGGUGUGUGACGGUGUACACGACUGCGAUGAUGGUACUGAUGAGGACCCUUCUCGGUGUCCAGCGAUACAGACCACCCCUCUUGUGCCCACCGUUUCGCCAGCUUUCCCUGGAACCCAUCAGCCUGUCGCCAACAGGACCCUGGGGCCACCCUGCGGGCGCUACGAGUUCCACUGCCACAGUGGGGAGUGCCAGCCGCGGGGCUGGGUGUGCGACAAUGAAGCGGAUUGCCUCGAUGGCAGUGACGAGCUCCACUGCAACCGCACAUGUGAACUGGACCAGUUCCCUUGCGCCCACGGGGCAGAGUGCAUCCACUACCAGCAGCUCUGCGAUGGCGUCCCACACUGCCAGGACCAGUCCGACGAAAGUGUGGACACCUGUGGCUCCACGCAGAUCCCCCCUUGCCCCGGGUUCUUCAUCUGCAAUGACCGGAUGUGCAUCAACGUAUCCCGGGUGUGCGAUGGCUCGCCCGACUGUUCCCAGGGAGAAGAUGAGCUCGCCUGCGAAAUCCCGGUGGCUCCACCAGGCAAAAGGAAUCAGACAGUUGGUCCGUGUCCGGAAUAUUCUUGCAGCGAUGGUGCCUGUAUUGCCUUUAAACAGGUGUGCAACGGUUUGGCCAACUGCGCAGACGGCACGGAAGCUUCAGGUUGGCUGCCCUCCGAUGAGCGGGACUGCGGCCUCUGGACGCCCUGGGCAGCCUGGAGCAUGUGCAGCCGCUCGUGUGGCACGGGACUCCAGAUCCGCCGGAGGAGCUGCACACGGCGGGCGGACGACGUCCUCCGUCACUGUCUCGGAGAGGAGACCCAGGCCCAGCAGUGCUUCCUAGUGGCUUGUCCCGUGGACGGCCAGUGGCGUGAAUGGGCUACAUGGUCCAACUGCACCGAGGACUGCCGUGGAGUGGUAGUCCGUCACCGUGAAUGCCUCCCAUCCCAGAAUGGUGGCCGCCACUGUACCGAAGGGCCGGAUGGAUCCGCUGGUUCGAUAGAGAUCCAGUUGUGUCAACGCGAGGACUGUCUCAAUGCCUCCACUUGCCCGGGGGAGUUGGUGAGCCAGAAGUGCGCCCCGUGUCCCACCUCCUGCACUGAGCUCUCCAGCCGUACAAGAUGCCGGAAGGACAGGCCUUGCCGACCAGGAUGCUGGUGCCCAGAAGGCCUGGUCUUGAACAGUGAGCAGCAGUGUGUGCGUCCACGAGAGUGCCCAUGCCAAGUGGCCGGUGUCCGCUACUGGCCUGGCCAGUUGGUCAAAGUCAACUGCCGGAUCUGCACUUGCCAGGAAGGACAGAUGAAACGUUGCCGGCAGAACCCGGAGUGCACAGUCAACUGCGGUUGGUCGGCGUGGUCACCAUGGGGUGAAUGUCUGGGUCCCUGUGGGGUGCAGAGCAUCCAGUGGUCCUUCCGGAGCCCCAACAAUCCCAUCAAGCACGGCAAUGGGCGGCAGUGCCGGGGCAUUUACCGCAAGGCCCGGAGAUGCCAGACGGAGCCGUGCGAAGAGUGCGAGCACCAUGGCCGGACUCACGCCAUCGGCGACCGCUGGCGUUCUGGCCAGUGCCAAGUCUGCCAGUGUUUGCCGAAUCUCACCGUCCAGUGCUCCCAGUACUGUCCCUACAGCGCGGUGGGCUGCCCCGAGGGCCGGGUGCUGGUGAAGGGCCGAGCAGACGCCUGCUGUUACUGCACGGAAGGGGGGGAGAACCGGACCGCCGUCCCCAGCACUCUGCCUCUGGGACCCCUGGGGACCACCCGAGCCAGCUCCCCACUCUACCCCACCGCUCCUCCACUCAGCACGUACCCCCUGCCUCCGUUCGGCGAUCUCUGCUAUGGCCCCCUGGGCAUCGCCUCCCUUCCCGACGCCAGCUUCACCGCUUCCGCCCAACAGCCGGAGAACCCGGCCCAUGCCGCUCGGCUCGGACUCCUGUUGCCCGGGGCCGACUUGCAGGGCUGGGCCCCUCCGGCAGAGGUUUAUCCGGAGCUGCUCUCUAGGCCUCCCUUCCUCCAAGUGGAUUUGAGGGAGCCCAGGAACCUGACAGGAGUCGUGAUCCAAGGAGCAGGGACCUCCGACGCCUACGUGACUAGCUUCUUCCUCCAGUUCAGCCUGGAUGCUGCGAGAUGGCACGACUACCAAGAGCUCUUCCAAGGCAACUCCGACGACUCGACCCCCGUGGCCCGGACCUUCCAGCGCAUGGUGCAUGCCCGACACGUGCGCCUCCUGCCCCACGACUUCCACAAUGGCAUCUUCCUGCGCCUGGAGUUGUUGGGUUGUGGGAAAGUGUCCCCAGAGCAGCCAGAGGGGCCCACGUCCCCCCCAGGAUGGAAGCCUUGCUGGGCCGGCGAGUUCGAAUGCCGGAACGGACGUUGUGUGCCAACUGGGGUUCAUGGAGCCAUCUGCAAUGGAGUGGAUGACUGCGGGGACUUCUCGGACGAGCUGCGCUGCGGUGUGGCCCCCUCCCUGGAGCCCCCCACCCCAGAGGGCUGCCCAGCUCCCUAUUUCCCCUGCACCUUUGCCGGCCUCUGCCUCGAAGCCAGCCAGAGGUGCGACGGAGUGGCUCACUGCCCGGACGGCACUGACGAGAUCGGCUGCCUGGCAGUGAGCAGCAUGCCCCCACCUGGCAGCCUCAGGUGUGAGUGCGUAUCCAGAGCACCAGUUGCAUCUCCUCUUUCCCCUCCCUUGCAGGUGUCCCCAGGUGGACGUCCCUUGCCCGAGGACCACAGCCCCACUCCGCCAGGUUCUUGCAACGAGCCCCUCGGCCUGGAAGAUGGACGUGUCCCCUACCAGCAGUUGACGGCCUCCUCCCACCAGGAGGGACGUCCCCCGGAUGCCGGACGGCUGAACCGGGUGCCCAGUGGACAGAGCACAGAGCCAGGAUGGAGCCCCCUUCAAUCUGACCCCAACCCCUACUUCCAGGUGGACCUUCUCCAGCCCUUCUUCAUCACAGCGGUGGCCACUCAGGGGGGUGGCAGCUCAGGCGGAUUCAUCGUACGUUAUCGCCUGCUUUAUAGCAACGAUGGGGUCCAUUUUUGGAACUAUACCAUUCCUGGACACAGCCCAGUCACAUCUCUGAAGGCUCAGCUUCUGGAGGGGAAUUCUGACAGCAGCACCCCAAGACGGCAGGAGCUCAGCCCGACCCUCCUUACCCGUUUCCUGCGCUUCGUGCCCGUGGAGUACCACCAAAGCAUUUCCUUGCGCCUGGAGGUGUUUGGCUGCACCUGGAAGACGGAGCGCGCCAUGGGCCGGUUGACUUCUGCCAGCAGCAGCCCAGCCACCGGAAUAAUCCGCACAAGACCCACCACAGCCCCGUCUCCUCCGGAGAAGACUCUUGGCACCCCCACCCGGUUGACCCCUUACACCAAACCAGCGAUGGCAGCAGUUUCCCGGAUCAGUGCUGCAGGACUGACCCCUUCUCGGCAGUUCCAGACCACUUCUUGGUCCCCGGCAACUCCUGGAUCAAGCAGUGCGUCCAGAGUGUCCACUUGGCACGUUCUUUCACACCAACCUGAAACCCCUGGGUGGAGGCCCGCUUGGUCAGUGCCAACUCUCAUCCCCUCUGCUGGGAUGGCCCGGGUCCUUUGCAUGCAAGGACAAUUUGCCUGUGAGACCUCUGGCUGUGUGGAGGCGGCUUCUGUCUGCGACGGGCAACAGGAUUGUGCCGAUGGCUCGGAUGAGGCCCACUGCGGCGGUCCCAUGGCCCCUACGGCCCACACUGUGGGCCCCCCGAUCCCAACGGGGGGCCCCAGCACCUGCUCCUCCAAGCAGUUCUCCUGCCAGAGCGGGGAGUGCCUGAGCCUGGAACGCCGCUGCGACCUGCGCCAAGAUUGUCAGGACGGCUCCGACGAAGCCAACUGUGUGGACUGCAUCCUGUCUCCUUGGAGCCUCUGGAGCGAAUGCAGCCGGUCCUGCGGGCUGGGCGUAACCUUCCGGCGCCGCGACCUUCUCCGCAAUGCUCUCCCGGGAGGACGUUGUGAGCGCGAUGAAUUUGACAGUCGCUCCUGCUUUCUCCGAGCCUGUCCAGUGAAUGGAGCCUGGGCCGCCUGGGGCGAAUGGUCAGAUUGCGAUGCAGAAUGCCGGGGCGGUGUCCGAAGUCGCACCCGGACCUGCGCUGACCCCCCGCCCAAGAACAGUGGACAGCUAUGUCCCGGAGAUGCCGUCCAGAUGGAGACAUGCAACCAACAGCCCUGCGGAGACGCCCGGGACUGCGGUCCAGACAUGGUGUUCGUGCAGGCCGGGCAUUGUGCCCGCGGCCUGGUGGAUCCUUGCCCACAGACUUGCCGCCAGUUGGGUGUCCAGAGGCCCUGCCAGAGCAGCUGCGUGGAGGGCUGCCGUUGCCCCCCCGGACUUUUCCUCCAGGAGGGGGCCUGCGUGAACAUCAGCCAGUGCCACUGUUUCUUCGACCAUGACCACCGUCGCCCAGGGGAGAUCUUCCUGCGGGACAAUUGCAGUCAGUGCGUUUGCCUGGAGGGCACGGUGACCUGCGACGCGGUGGCUUGUCCUGUGAAGUGCGGCUGGUCGGCUUGGUCUCCAUGGACGCCCUGCAGCCGGAGUUGCGGGGUUGGGAUGCAGCAAAGGUUCCGAUCCCCCUCCAACCCACCGGCAGCCAACGGCGGUGCCCCAUGCCAAGGGGAUGCCCAAGAGGUGCGCGAGUGUCACACAAUCUGCACCACAGCAGAAAUAGCCUUGCUCUGGAGCGACUGGACUCCCUGGUCCCCCUGUUCCAAAACCUGUUUCUAUGCCCCGGAUCUGGUUGGCACACGGAAACGUUUCCGGCACUGCAAUGGAACCUCGCAGGCCGUGGGGUGCGACGGAGAGACCGUGCAGGAAGAGGAGUGCGAGACGCCUCUCUGCCCAGUGGAGGGGAUCUGGACUCCUUGGUUGGCCUGGUCUACCUGCUCAACACCUUGCGAUUCCGGGGUGCAAACUCGUGACCGUACCUGUUCCAAGCCAGCUUAUGGGGGCCCAGGCUGUUCGGGCCCCUUGAUCCAGACCCGAGAUUGCAACACGCAGCCCUGCAGAGCUCAGUGCCCGCUCAACAUGGUCUACCUGACGGCUGAGGAGUGCCGGCAGAAAGGGGGUGCUUGCCCCCGGCUCUGUCUGGACCGGGACACCCAAGUGGAGUGUGCCUCCUCCUGCCAAGAUGGCUGCCAUUGCCGUGAGGGCCUCUACCUCCAGAACGGAUCCUGCGUGCCGCUCAGCCAGUGUCCGUGUUACCACCAAGGGGAGAGUUACCCGCCGGGCACCACCAUCCGCCGAGACUCUUGCAACAACUGCACCUGCCAGGAGGGGGCGAUGGUGUGCGGCACAGAACCUUGCCCAGGCAACUGUAGCUGGACCUCUUGGUCCGUUUGGAGCUCCUGCAGCCGGACUUGCAACGUGGGGACUCGGCGGCGGCACCGUGCCGACGUUGGGUUCGAAGGACAGAACUGCCAGGGCUCCAAGGUGGAGAUUGAGUUCUGCAGCCUGCAGCCCUGCCCAGGGUCUGGCGUAGAAUGGGGCCCCUGGUCGGCGUGCUCGGUGCCCUGCGGGGGCGGCUACCGCAACCGGACCAGAGCCAGCAUGAGCGUCUUGGGCCGGCUUGACUUCUCCACCUGCAACCUCCAGCCCUGCACAGGGGAGAUUCCAGGCACCUGCCCGUCGGGGAAAGUAUGGCGAGAGUGCGCUGACGGGCCGGGUUCCUGCGCAGAGCUCAGCAUGGACGAUGACGCUGGACAGACAGCAUGCCGGCCGGGCUGCUACUGCCCCAACGGCACCCUCUUGCUGAACAACCUGUGUGUGCCAGCAGAGGCGUGCCCAUGUGCCGUAGAGGGGCAGAUCUAUGCAUCCGGCGAAAUGGUGGCCAAAGGUUGCGAGAACUGCUCCUGCGUCGGUGGGCAGGUGGCCAAUUGCAGCCGCGCGGCCUGUGGCGAUGUGAACGGUCUGUGGUCCGAAUGGACCCCCUGGAGCGAAUGCUCAGCCUCCUGUGGGCUGGGACUGCAAAACCGAUACCACUUCUGCACCGAUCCGGCCCCUUCCGGCAUUGGAUUGCCCUGCCUGGGGCCGGAACGCGAGGACCGCGCCUGCCAGCUCCAGACGUGUACCCGGCCCGGGGAUUGGGGGUUUUGGAGUCCCUGGACGUCCUGCACCGUCAGCUGCGGUGGGGGCCUACGGAGCCGGAGCAGAGCCUGUGACAGCCCCGCCCCCCGCGGGGGCGGAGACUACUGUGAGGGACCGCCCACUCAGGUGGAGUCCUGUGGCUUGAACCCUUGUCCAGAUUUGAACUGUUCCGUUUUGGAAGACUCGGCUUAUAGUCGCUGCGGACCGCCCUGUCCUCGUUCUUGUGAUGACAUCACGCACUGUGCCUGGGCCUGUGAACCAGGCUGCUACUGCACUGGGGGCAAAGUCUUGCACAGCAACGGCUCGGCCUGCGUGGAGAAACCCGGCUGCACCUGCCUAGACCUGAGCACCGGACGGCGGCACCCGCCGGGAGAAGUCGUGCCCCGUGCCGAUGGGUGCAACAAUUGUACCUGCUCCGAUGGAAAGCUGGUUUGCACCAACCAGGCCUGCCCAGUGCCGGGGGGCUGGUGUGACUGGGCGCAGUGGAGCCCCUGUUCCCGGACAUGUGGCAGCGAGAUGGUGACUCGCUACCGGACUUGCAGCUGCCCCAAGCCCCAGCAUGGAGGCCGCGAGUGCGAGGGGGCGCAGGAGUAUCACGGAGACGGUGGGGUCCAGCUGCAGAGAAGAGCGUGUCUUGUGGCCAGUUUCUGCCCAGUCGAUGGCGGCUGGUCCUCGUGGAGCGCCUGGUCUCCCUGUGACGCCUGCCAUGGCGUGUCGACGAGGACUCGGGAGUGCAACAACCCCCCAGCUCGCUUUGGCGGCUUGGCGUGUCCCAGAGAAGCUCUCCAAAGCCGGCAGUGCCACGACGGAGUCACCCUCUGCGACGACUGCCGAGGUGGCCAGGUGUCUUACCCCUGUGGCAAGCCAUGCCCGCGGACCUGUGAGGACCAGCAGCCUGACGCCGCCUGCGUGGAGAGUCCCAGCUGCCAACAUGCUUGCGCCUGCCCGGAUGGACAGUUGCUCCAGGAUGGCAUGUGCGUGGCACCUUCGCAGUGCCGCUGCAAAUACCAGAUGCCCUGGUUGGGUGUCCCCGAAGACCGAAACCUUUCCUCCUGGUUGGGACUACCCAAGUGGGAGGUUGCCCAGCCUGGGGAGACCAUCCACGCCCCCUGCCAGAACUGCACCUGCGUCGAUGGGCACCUGCAGUGCCAGGCAGACUCCUGGUGCCGCCUGGACGGCGGGUGGUCCAGCUGGGGACGAUGGUCCCCCUGCAGCCAGAGCUGCGGAGAGGGUGUCCAGUACCGUUUCCGGGAAUGUAGCAAUCCGCCCCCUCAAAAUGGAGGCCGGGGAUGUGCCGGUGGCGGAGAGCAGCAGAGACCGUGCCAGAAUGCAGAAGAAUGUCCAGAGGACGAGGCCUGGGACCCCUGGGCCCCCUGGUCCCCCUGCAGCGUCUCCUGUGGCGGGGGAGAGCAGAUGCGCAGCCGACGUUGCCGACGUCCAGAUUGCCGGGGCCUGUCGUCGCAAAGCAAGACCUGCCACACGCACGUCUGUCUUGAGGUCGGCUGCCCUGUGGGCCGCCUCUACCGGGAGUGCCUGGCCGAAGAAGGGUGCCCCUACAGCUGCGCCCACCUCACCCAUCAGAUGGACUGCUUCUCGGAUGGCUGCGAGGAAGGGUGCCACUGCCCGGCAGGCACCUACCAGCACAAAGGAGCAUGUGUCCAGGAGUGCCCCUGUGUCCUGAGCGAGGAGGUUCUCCAGGGCUUUCGGAGACAUUCGCCCCAGACGCCCGACGCACCUCAGCUUGUCGUCACUGCCGAAGGCCAACCUGUCUCCCAAGAAGAAGAAGUCGCCCCCAACAGCAUCAUCUCCGCCGCCUGCAGCAACUGCUCCUGUCGCAACGGCCAGCUGGAUUGCAUGUUCGCCCUCUGCCCUGUGGACGGGGGCUUCACAGAUUGGACCUCCUGGUCUCCCUGCUCCUUGACCUGUGGUGGACUGGGCAACAUGACCAGGACACGCGAUUGUGCCCGUCCGAAACCUGCCAAUGGGGGGAAGGACUGUAUCGGCCCUCGGAUGGACAUCAAAUACUGUCAAACCCUGGAUUGCAAAGCCGUGCCAGGAACUCAGCCCUGGUGACGCUGUUGACGUGGCUGGUGUUUCUCUCCCCACGCGGCAGGGCUUGAGGACAGUGCGCUGACCCCCUGGUCCCCCUGGACCCCCUGCUCCAAGACCUGCAGUGACCCCAACCUCCCCGCCAUCAAGACUCGUUGGCGGUUUUGCCUGGGAGGCAGUGGCUGCGCCGGAGACACCGUGCAGGAACGCGAAUGCAACUUGCCACAAUGCACAGAGACCCCCGUGUGCGAGGGCAAAGACUGCCUUGGCCUGAAUUGCACCUGGAACCCCUGGUCCCCUUGGAGCGAGUGUUCCCGCAGCUGUGGGGUCGGGCAGCAGCAGCGCCUGCGCACUUACCACCCUCCCGGCCAAGGCGGGCACUGGUGCCAAGACAUCCUGACUGCCAAUUUGGAGAGGCGUUUCUGCAACCUGCCGGCCUGUAAAGUGGACGGGGCCUGGUCGAAGUGGAGCCCCUGGUCGUGGUGUGACCGGACCUGUGGGGCUGGGCGCUCGGCCCGCACGAGGACCUGCACCAGCCCACCCCCAAAAAACGGAGGGCGCCCCUGUCCUGGCGAGAAGUACCACGUGCGCAUUUGCAACCCCCAGCCCUGCGAGGAGACCUGCCCUCCCAUGAUGCACUGGGUGGGGUGUGCCAACCGGUGCCCCCGGCACUGCUGGGACCUCCAGGAAGGCAUUCUCUGCCAGGAGAAGGAAGCCUGCGAGCCAGGCUGUCGAUGCCCCGACGGUACGCUGGAGCAGGAUGGCACCUGCGUACCCCUCACCCACUGCGAGUGCACCGAUGCCCAGGGACACAGCUGGGCACCAGGCAGCCAGUACGACGAUGGGUGUAAUAACUGCACCUGUGCCGCUGGAGGGAGGCUCCUCUGCACCAACUACAUCUGUUCUCCCACUGAGUGCGCCUGGAGCCUCUGGUCCAGUUGGUCCCAAUGUAGCGUCACCUGUGGGAACGGCCUUCGCACCCGCUUCAGGACUCCUACCUCCGGCUCCUGGGCCCUCGAUUGCCUGAAGGAGCAGGUGCAGACCCAUCCCUGUGCCCUGGACACCUGCCCCCCUCUGUGCCUGCAUGAGGGCCGCGAGACCAGCCUGGGCAGCACCUGGCUCCUGGGGGAAUGCCAGCAGUGCAUUUGCACCCCAGAAGGCAUUUACUGCCUGAACAUCACCUGUGUAGUGCACGGUGGAUGGACCCCGUGGUCCCCCUGGUCCGACUGUCCAGCAACCUGUGGCAGCAGUCUCCAGAUCCGAACUCGCGCCUGCAUCAACCCACCACCACGCAACCACGGCUUGCCCUGCGCGGGGCCCGACACCCAGAGCCAGAAUUGCUCCACCCAAGCCUGUCCAGCGGAAGACGAGUCCCUGUGUCCCUGGUCAGCAUGGAGCCCGUGCUCUCAGUCCUGUGGCACGGGACUGACCUCACGUACCAGGAGCUGUGUUUGCCCGACGGCUUUGGCGGGCGCUGAAGGAGGUCCUUGCAGCCAGCGCGGCCCUCCCCUGGAGACGGCUCCUUGUUAUGUGCAGGCGUGCAAAGAUUGUCCCUGGAGUCCUUGGACCCCCUGGACUCACUGCUCAUGCAGCUUCCUGGUUCAACAACGCUACAGGAACCAACAAGGUUGGGAAACUGACCGGGAGCCAUGCCUAGGACUGGACGGGCAAUUCCGGAUGUGCAAUUAUUCCCAGUGUUCAGAGUCCAGCUGUGAGCCCCCCUUUGAGUUCCGGGCAUGUGGCUCCCCCUGCGACAGCCACUGCUCCACCCUGAGGCACCCAGAGCUGUGCAAGGACAUUCCACGCUGCUUACCUGGUUGUUACUGCCCACAGGGUCUGCUGGAGCAGAGGGGGUCAUGUGUGCCACCUGCGCAGUGCGCUUGCCUCCACCCCCACCCAGGAGGGGCCCCCAUCUUCAUGGCGGCAGGAGACACCAUUCCGAUUGGCUGCAAGAAAUGUGUGUGCCAGGUGGGAGAGCUGCAAUGCAGCAGCCAGGAUUGCCAAGGGCUGCUUCCGCUGAGUGGCUGGUCGCCCUGGACAGCCUGCUCCGACUGUAGGCCGCUGGCUACCCUGGGGCCCUGGGCCCUCCCUGCCCUCUUGGCCCAGACCGAGGCCCCCUCCUGGCCUUCCCCGCCAGUCCAGGUCUCCCUUCAGAGCCGCUACCGGUUCUGCCUCGACCCGCAGACCGGCCGAACCUGGAGGGGUCCCGGCAGCGUUUGCACCGCUGAGUUGGAGCAGCAGCAGCUCUGCGUUGAGGAAACUGGCGCCUGUCAAGAUUUCUGCCUGUGGAGCCAGUGGGGGUCCUGGAGCCCCUGCCGGGCUCCCUGCGGUGGAGGUUUCCGCCUGCGCCAACGAGGGCCCCAGCACCCAGAGGCCGAGCUGCGCUGCAAGGGGCUACGAUACCAGUCGGAGACUUGCAACAUGGGCCCUUGUCCAGGAGAGACAUGUGAGGACCGGGGCAAGGUGUACGAUGCAAAUUGUGCCAACGGCUGCCCCCGCACCUGCCUGGAUUCCUGGGAGCACGUCGAGUGCCUGCAGGGGCAGUGCAGGGAAGGUUGCCGGUGUCCCGAGGGGCAGCUUCUGCAGGACGGCUCCUGCGUGCCAAUCCCGGCUUGCCGCUGCGGUCUCACCACGGCGAACAGCAGCGUGGAAGUCCUCCCUGGCCAGUUGGCAGAACUGGAUUGCCACAAUUGCACCUGCCAGAACGGCUCCUUCUCCUGUCCGGAGGAGAAGUGCCCGUCUUACGGCGAGUGGUCGGCGUGGAGCCCUUGCUCGGCCACGUGUGGAGGGGGCACCACCCUGAGGCAUCGGUCCUGCCACGAGACUCUCCACGGAGUGCCUUGCGUAGCUGAGUCCAUGGAAGGCACCGCGCGCUGCAACUCCCAGCCCUGUCCAGCUGGCUGCCUGUUCAGUGAUUGGACCACAUGGAGCCCCUGCAGCGCCAGCUGUGGAGGAGGGGUCUCUGAGAGGCACCGCCAGCUGCUCUCCCCUCUGGGGGAGCCCUGCCCCUCCCCGCUCCUGCAGCACCGCAUAUGCCACCUGCAGAAUUGCACACUGGAAUGCCCUGGGACCCAAAUCUACCGUGAUUGUGCCAACACCUGUCCGCACACCUGCUCUGACCUGCGACUGGAAAUUCAGUGCCUGCAAGAGGAAUGCCAGCCUGGCUGCGUUUGCCCACCUGGCCAGGUGCUGCAGGACGGGCUAUGCGUCCACCCGGAAGAGUGCCGCUGCGUGAUCAGCCAGGUGCCGGCCGCGCCCUGGGCUGCCAACCUAUCCGAGGAAAAGCGCACCCAGGAGCAUGGGCCCGGUAGUACUUUUCGACACGAAUGCAACACCUGCGUCUGCCAGAGGGGAGUCUUCACCUGCACCCAGGAGAACUGUGAUGCCUGUCCAGAGGGCGAACGCCGGCACCCUGCGGUUCUGCCGACCGCCUGUGAGCGCAGCUGCCGUCAGGUCUACGACGAGCUUGCCCAGAACUGCACCUGGGGGAUGGCACGGGAUGGAUGCACGUGUCUGCCGGGGCACUACCGCAAUGGCAGCGGGCACUGCGUGGUGGCCGCCCGCUGCGAAUGUGAGGAGGGAGACCAGGUGUACUCGGCCGGAGCAGAAUGGCACAAGGGCUGCGAAGUCUGCCGCUGUGUGAACGGCCGGGCGCUGUGCGAGACGAGCUGUCUGCCCCUUGUCUGCCUCGAGGGCGAAGUCGAAAUGCAGGAGCCGGGCUCUUGCUGCCCCGUCUGUCGGAAGGAGCUGGUCGGUGAACCUCACCCGCACUGCCGACAUUUCACGGAACGUCGCAACAUUACCAAGGGGCUCUGCUUCUUGGCCGGCGUGGAGGUGGGCUUUUGCAAGGGCCAGUGUGCCUCCCACACCAACGUCAUCCCGGAGGAACCCUACCUGGAGACCGUCUGUGACUGUUGCAGCUACCGACUGGACCCGGUCAGUCCGGUGCGCAUCCUGAAUUUGCAGUGCCUGGGCGGCGAGACAGAGCCUGUGGUCUUGCCGGUUAUCCGCGGCUGUGAAUGCAGCAGCUGCCAAGGCGGUGACCUCUCCAAACGUUGACCUCUCCCGUUCCACCGCGGAUCCAAACCGGGGGGCCCACGGGGGGUGCCCACCGACUCCACCGCAAAUUCUCCAGCCUUGCUCAGUCUUCCUCUUCUUCACCUGUCAAUAAACCAUUUUGAGCAGUUUCUGGUUCUUUUCUCGCAUCUCCUGGGAUUUCCGCUGGGAAGGGA